AUGCUUGUGCCUGGACAGACAAUGAACGUUCUUGUCACAGCUGAUCAAGCCAUUGGGAAUUACUCCAUCGCCAUGGGUCCUUACGAUGUACCAUUAGCAGCUAAGUUACCCAUUUUCAAUGGUAAUCUUGGUGUUAAGACUGUCAUGGAUGGGCUCAGAAGUCUAAAUGCAGUUGAUGUCCCAAAAGAUAUUGAUGCUCAGCUCUUUAUCACAAUUGGUAUAAAUGUAAACAAGUGCAACUCUGAAAAUCCAAACAACAAGUCCCAAGGCCCUGGAAAAGGAAGAUUAGCAGCUUCAGUGAACAACAUCAGCUUCAUCGAACCUAAAGUCUCGAUUUUGGAAGGUUAUUACAAGCAACUGGAAGGAUACUUCACUUUAGAUUUCCCAACCGCGCCAGAAAAAUCCUAUGACUUUAUCAAUGGAGAGCACCCAAUGGCAUAG